AUGGGCUUCACUUGGUCGCUGUUCUUCUGCCAGGAGGUGGGGGAGUCGAUGAUGAGUCGCGCUCCCGAGCUCGCGGGGGUCCCCCGGAUGAGCGACCGGGGCCCCGCCGCGGCGCUGCAGCCGGCCAGGCUGCUGGACCACGGCGGAGGAGCGCAGUGCACCUACGUCGACAACCUGGGCGUCAUGGGUUUUGACGCCGCCGCCGGGCUCGUGACCCACGAGACUGAGCUCCAGGAGGGCCGCGGGGAGACGCUGGGCUGCGUGCUGGGCGGCAAGGCGCUGAGCACUCGCCUCACGGCGAAGCGCUAUUGGCGCGUGAGGCAAGGGCUCAGCUGGGCCCUCAGCUGCCGGGCUCUUCCUGGCUGGGCUUGGGAGGUGGUGAUCGGGCCCUGCACGUGCUGCGCCAUGAGCAACCGUGACUUGCUGCCUGCGUUCACCGCCGUCUACAAGUUCAUCGCUGCGAACUACAGCCAGGGUGCCGCGCUGUGGGCUAGCGCCUGCGCGGAGCUCGUGGCCUUCCGAGGCCUGAUGCCGCUGCUGCGUGGCGACUGGGCCCUCCCCUGGAGCGAGUUGGUGUGCCUGUCCGACGCUUCGGAGCACGGGUGCGCGGUGAGUGCCUCCCUCUUUGAUGAAGUGGAGGUGAAGAAGAUCGGGCGGGUGCAGGAGCGAUCUCGUUUCCGGCGCCUGGGCGGCCACUCGGCACGUGCCCACUUCUUCGCCAUGAAUGGGAUCGCCAUGGCCCUCGGCGGGGCUCUCAAGCCGGUGUCUGAGCUGGAGGAGGGUGACGUCGUCGCGGACGGUGCCGAGUGGGGUGCGAAUCCAGCUUUCGAGGAGAUGCCGGCGGGGAUCUUCAUGGGCGCCCGCUGGGCCGAGCUA